UUUUUUUGUAUAAUGCAACAUGCAUGUGUUUUUUGUAGUUUUCACAAUAUGUAUGUGCGCGUUUGUUUGUGUUUGUGUUUGUGUUUUUGGCACAUAAAUUACAGGGAAAAUGAAUCGUGGCUCUGGGGCAUUGAGCUCUACAUGUAAUUAUAUUUACAUUCUGUAUUGAAGGAAGUUUCUGGUUCUGGGUUUUGCAUUUGAGUUGAAGCAUAAUUGGUAAAGUGGAAAGGUUGUUGGUUUGUAUUUCAAUAUUGUAUGCUUAGUUCAAUGUGCACUAUUAUCAGCUUAAUGAUAUUCUUACGUGGAGUACUAAUUAGUAUAAGCUAUUUUUGAAAGGCGAACUAUUGGAAAUCUGAAGUUUUUGUCCAAUUAGCUUCUCCACGUUUCUCGUUCAGUGACCCAAAUUGGUUUGAGUGAUUGCUUCUUACCCAAGUUGGCAAACUUGAUUAGAUUCUGGUGAUUUCUGAGAGAAAAGCAUGAGUUGCUGAUUGCAAUACUCGAUAGUAGGAUUUAUGAACUAAGCAGAGAAAAGUAUGAGUUGCAGAUCACAUAUAUACUUGAUAGUGAUGAUUUUUAGCAUUUUAGUAAAAUUUAACAUAUAAUAACUGGCUAGUUACCAUUUUUACUAGGUCAUCAAUUAAUGUUUAUCAUAGAUAUUUACUUGUAAUUACUCGUCCAUAUAUAGAACUUAAAACUCUACCUGAUAUGGUAGGCCAAUUGAGGGAUAGCUUCCGGUACAAAUGUGGAUUCGUUGGAUUCGUCAAAAUGAGAAGUCCCUGUAGCUAGUCAUUGCUUCACCUGAUGAUUGAAAAGAUGGAGUAAACUUCAGCCCAUCACUAAAAUUGAUAUAUAGACUUGUGUUUAAAUGCUAGCUUUCUUCUUAGCGUUGGAAAGGUCCCAAGUAAUAUUAUUCCAGUGCCUCUUCAACCAUAGCAAAAGUUUCUAUCUCUCUUUGUUUCUUCUCAUUCUUAUUUGUGGGAAGGAGGAAUAAGUUGUUAGUUUAGCCUCCUCUAUUCAUCUGAUUUUAUAUCUUUGCUUGGAUUUUCACAUUUUCUUCUAAAGCGCUGAUCUGAGAUAUUAUGAGCUAAAUUGAAAGGCAGAUAGAAUAAACUUUGUGAUGCUGAUUUUUUUGUGUAAUUGGAUGCCCAAUUCUCAUUUUCUAUGUCAGUUGUUAAUAGCACAUUGUUCUGUCAUGCUAAUCCAUGCAGGAAAAAUAUAUAGUUCCAUUUAUUAUUUCGAAUCUUUAUCUCACUGAAACUCGAUCAAUUGAAUGUGAGUUUGCAGAUAUAUCCUCAGCAGUAAGGCUUUUGCUUUCAGUAAAGGGUAUAACUAUUAAGUUUCAGGCGGUCAUAAACAGAUAAAAAUAAAACAUUGGAGUUUGUUGAGUCACAAGAAUGAAGUUUGGUAAGGAAUUCAAACGGGAAAUGGUCCCAGAGUGGAUAGAAGCUUAUGUGGAUUACAAUGGACUCAAACAAAUAUUACAGGAUAUCCGCCGUUCCAAGGAAAGCAAACAGCCUCCAACUCCUGCAAGAAGUUUAGACCAGAGGUUGGCAUUAUAUCGGAACUUUAGUGGUCUAAAUCUACAAUCCAGUACUCAGAAUACUGGUGAUAUUGAGGACCAGGUGAUAGCAGUGAACACGGUGCAACAUGAAAACUCCGGAAAGUUUUACAUAACAAAAUUCCUGGGAUCUCCUGAAGGAGCAGAGAAUGAAAUUAGUUUCUUUAACAAACUAGACCAUGAGUUCAACAAGGUUAAUACCUUCUAUAAGGACAAGGUGGAUGAAGUCAUGAGGGAAGUAACUUUGCUGAAUAAGCAGAUGGAUGCGUUGAUUGCUUUACGUAUCAAGGUGAUGGAUCCUGGUUUCGAUGCUUUUGGCUCCCUUCAACGUCUUUCAUUUGACAUUAACAAUUCAACGCCCUCGAGGAUUACAUCUCCUCUCAGAAUGACAACUGUAGAUACAGAUCAUAUGACUGUCGGCACAAGUUUCGACCCAAGUUACAGCAGACAGGGUUCUAGUACUAAUGCCUCACAUCCUAAGGUUCCCAUUAACCGUAAUACUUUAAGAGAGAAGAGAGAUAUCGAUUCACAUAAAUCAGAUCCUCUUGAAAUCCUAGAUCACAUUAAGAUUGUUAAUACUUUUGAAAGUCCCAUGUCGACUAUAAGAGGUGUUUUGAGAGAAUCCAAAGAGAAUGAUUUGAGUUAUAAGAAAGAGGAACUAAAGAAGGUUGAACAGAGGCUGAAGAUUAUUUUCUUUGAGUUCUAUCAAAAACUUCGCCUUCUAAAACACUUCAGCUAUAUGAACCUUUCUGCAUUGGCCAAGAUCCUCAAAAAAUAUGAAAAGAUUACAUCUAGAAAAGCAGCAAGGUCAUACAUGAAAAUGGUGGAUAAAUCUUACCUUGGAAGCUCUGAGGAGGUUACUAGUCUUCUGGACAGGGUAGAGACCACCUUCAUCAAGCAUUUUUCACACUCAAACCGCAGAAAAGGCAUGAAAAUAUUGCGUCCAAAGCAUAAGAUAGAGAAACAUCGUAUAACAUUCCUGUCAGGUUUUCUCUCUGGCUGCUCGAUUGCUCUACUAGUUGCUUUUAUUCUAUUAAGAGAUGACAGAAAGCUGAUGGAUAAAGAAGAAGGGACCUCUUAUUUGGACAAGAUAGUCCCACUUUACAGUUUUUAUGCAUACAUUGUGCUGCAUAUGCUUUUAUAUGCUGCAAACAUAUAUUUCUGGAGGCGCUACAAAAUAAACUAUGCGUUUAUCUUUGGUUUCAAGCAAGGAACCGAGUUAAGCUAUAGGGAAGUCUUUCUUCUUAGUAAUGGUCUCGCAAUGCUCGUCUUUGCCGCUCUACUGAUGCAUCUGCACAUGAAUUCAAGAGCUGAAGAAUAUGUAACACGUAUUGAAUAUGUUCCUUUGGGAUUGAUGACGGUUCUUCUUUUUAUUACUUUCUGCCCAUUCAACAUCAUUUAUCGCUCAAGUCGUUUGUUCCUUAUAAGAUGCAUCUUUCGCUGCAUCUGCGCUCCUCUUUACAAGGUUACUCUUCCAGAUUUCUUUCUAGCAGAUCAACUUACUAGCCAGGUUGAGGCAAUAAGGAGUUUGGAGUACUACAUUUGCUAUUAUACGUGGGUUAAAUCUUCUCACGGACAUAAUACGUGCCAAAGUCACAAUGUGUAUAACAUAUUUUACUUCAUCCUAGCGGUCAUACCAUAUUGGUUUCGGUUUUUCCAGUGUAUCCGUCGACUGUUUGAAGAGAAAGAUCAGUCACAGGCAUACAAUGCCUUGAGAUACUUUUUGACAAUUCUGGCAGUUGUUAUUAAAACAGCUUAUAGUCUGAGAAAAAGUUUGGCUUGGGAGGUGUUGGCUAUUCUUAGCUCACUUGUCACAACUCUUUUCAACACAUACUGGGAUAUAGUUGUAGAUUGGGGGUUAUUGAGAAGGAAGUCCAAGAACAAGUUCUUGCGGGAUAAGCUCGUACUGCGCCAUAAAAGUGUAUACUUCAUAGCCAUGGUCUUGGAUGUCUUGCUUAGAUUUGCUUGGCUACAACUGGUAUUAAAAUUUAAUGUGCCUUCUUUGCAAGGAAGUACUGUCUCAAGCAUAUUUGCUUGCUUAGAAGUACUUCGACGUGGCAUGUGGAAUUUUUUCAGGUUGGAAAAUGAGCACCUGAACAAUGUAGGAAAAUAUCGCGCAUUCAAGUCAGUACCACUUCCUUUCGUUUACCAUGAAGAGGAUGAUGAGGACAAAGAAGAAUAAAGAUGAACAUAAUGUCUAUCCAUCAACUCAUCAGAUUGCUAGCAACUGCCAAGUUGUAGCAACCAAUAAAAGUCAUUCACAAUGAAGAAUUCAUAUGUCAAAUGUUGCCUGAUAUAGUACAACAUUUCACAUCAAAGCUCAAGAAGUUUUCUACACUUCUGGACCUAAAGGAGGAUCAGGAGAGUUGAACACAUGUGAAAAGAGGUUAAUGUUCAGAAACAAAGACUAGGCAGACUACAGAAGCUGCAGAUUUCUUUAAGGGUUAUUUUAUUGGCCCUUAGCUACAGAACAAGGCAAGAUCAAUGGUGAUGAGGAGGAGAGAGAGAAUACAAAAAGUUACAAAAAAGAAAAAGAAUAGAAAAUGGAUAUAUUCUUUAAAGUUAUUUAAAUGUAUAGUUGAAGUUCACAAAUAGUGGAUGCAAUCACACGUACUACAUCUGCCCAUGGUAUAGCGAAUCAAGCAAACUUUUCUGUAUUAUUUUUUCAAAGCCAAUAGUGCAUUGUUCCUAGUUGAGAAUGAUUUUGAACUAGUGAUUCAUUGAUA